UCAGCAUCAAAGUGUCACAAACUAACCUUAUUACAAGUGAGUAUUAAUUUAUUACACUCAGCAAGCACAAAAAAACACAAAGAAAAAGAGGAGAGAGAAAAUGGAAGGAAAAAUCCCAGUAAUAGAUGCACACCAAAUUGAAGAAAAGUCCAUAAAAUUAAGAGAAAUCAUUGAAAAAUGGGGAUGUUUCAGAGUAAUAAAUCAUGGGGUACCCUUAAAAUUAAUGGCAGAAAUGAAAUCAGUUUCAAAGGAAUUGCUUGAUCUUCCAAUUGAGAUCAAACGGCGUAACGUAGAUGUGAUUCCAGGAAGUGGGUAUAUGGCACCAAGCGAAAAGAAUCCACUUUAUGAAGCUUUGGGACUUUUUGAUGUUGCUUCUUCUCUUUCUGUUUCUAACUUUUGUUCUCAGCUUCAAGCUUCUCCCCACCAAAGGGAGAUAAUUGAGAGCUAUGCACGAGCAACAUACAAGGCUGCAAUAGAUAUUGCAAGCAAGAUGUCGAUGAGCUUGGGUUUGACAGAUUACAGUUUCGAAGGUUGGCCUCUUCAGUUCAGAAUAAACAAAUACAGCUUCACCCCUGAGGUAAUAGGUUCCUCAGGUGUACAGAUCCAUACAGACUCUGGAUUUCUUACUAUACUUCAGGAUGAUGAAAAUCUUGGCGGUCUUGAAGUAAUGAAUGAGUCAGGUGAAUUUGUUGCUGCUGAUCCCUUGCCAGGAACACUGGUUGUCAAUCUUGGAGACGUUGCUGUGCCAUGGAGCAAUGGAAUUCUUCGCAAUGUGCAGCAUCGGGUUCAAUGCAAGGGUGCAGGGAUACGUAUGUCAAUUGCAACAUUUCUUUCACCACCACCAGAUAAAAUAAUUGAAGCUCCUGCAGAGUUUGUUGAUGCUGAACACCCUCGCCUCUAUGCUCCCAUAACUUAUGAAGAGUUAAGGAGGCUUCGCAAUUCAAAGAAGCUGCAUGCCGGAGAAGUCCUAGACCUAAUUCGACUAGGUAAGUAGGCCGUACAGAAUAUGCUAAGUUGGCCAGGAUAGCAGAAGGAUCUUCCUGCCACCAAAAAAUAGGAUAAAUAAAAACAGGACAUUGCUUUUUAAUUCUGAGUGUAUUUUUCAAGUGAUAGUUGUUAGUCUUGUUACAGGGUCUGAUAUCACUUGAAGAUGAUAUUUCACUGAUUAUCUACUUAUUGAAGAAAUCAAUUUGAAAAUUAUUUUAUUAUGGAAA